UUCACCCGGAAAUUAUUAUUUACUGAAACAGAAAUUUAAGCAGCUGUCUAUAAAAUAAUUAAUUUAUUAGUCCAUUGUUUUACAAAAACACAAACGUUGCCAUGGGCUUUCUCACAGUAUUAAAAAAGAUGCGUCAGAGGGAAAAGGAAAUGCGCAUUUUGCUGCUAGGCCUGGAUAAUGCCGGCAAAACGACGAUUCUUAAACGAUUUAACGGCGAACCAAUAGACACAAUCUCUCCCACACUUGGUUUUAACAUUAAAACCCUGGAGCACAAUGGCUACACCCUCAAUAUGUGGGAUGUUGGUGGCCAGAAGUCCCUGAGAUCCUACUGGCGGAAUUAUUUCGAGUGCACUGAUGGUCUGGUUUGGGUAGUGGACAGUGCAGACAGGAUGCGUCUAGAGUCAUGUGGCCAAGAACUGCAGGUCCUGCUCCAAGAAGAGCGUCUAGCAGGAGCCACACUCCUGGUUCUAUGCAAUAAGCAGGAUCUGCCUGGUGCCCUCUCAUCAAAUGAAAUUAAAGAGAUACUACAUUUGGAGGAGAUCACCACGCAUCAUUGGUUGGUGGCCGGAGUUAGCGCGGUGACCGGGGAGAAGCUUCUCAGCUCUAUGGAUUGGUUGAUAGACGACAUAGCCAAGCGUAUAUUCACGUUGGAUUAAAUACAACUUUCAUUACUUCUCCAACAAGUA